AUGGAGGAACUGCAGUAUGUGGCCAAGCUGUCACUGUCACCCAACACCUCAACCCCCAUCAAACAUCCGUUCUGGUCAGAGCUGAAGCAGGCGAGCACCAUGUGUCGUGGUCCAGCGGGGGCGUGUGACCUGACAGAGCACUGUAAGGGCGGUUCGCCCUACUGCCCAGCCAACGUCUACCUCCUGGACGGCUCCUCCUGCCAGAGUGGCCAGGCCUACUGCUACAACGGGAUGUGCCUCACCCACGAAGCUCAGUGCCUGCAGCUCUGGGGCUACGGAGAGAGGAGAGCCCACGAGAUGUGUUUUCAAGUCCUUGAAAGUCCUGGAAAUUCACCAAAUAGAUGUGGAACUGAUGGAUGUGGAAAUUACAUGUUAAUAUCGCAGUCUGACUCAUACUGUGGUUGCUUACAGUGUGACAGUGCUGCCAAGAAGCCCAAGGGAACCAAUGUUGUUUCCAUCGACACCACCAUCCGCCGCAACGGCAUGGACGUGAAGUGCAGGGGCACCUACGUCUACACUACCCAGGAGGGCCAGGGGGACCUGCCGGACCCCGGCCUGGUCAUCACCGGCACCAAGUGUAGUGAGGGGAAGCUGAAAAACAACAUGAAGGAGUUGGAGGUCACAGGGGAGCGUUAG